AUGGGGAAGAAACAACGUCCCGACUUCUUGACGUUGCCGGGUGAGAUCAGAAACGAAAUCUACUCGUACUGCUUCGACACGACAUAUAUCGACCUGACGCCUAACGCCCGUCAUAUUCUCAAGUUCAAGAAGGACACAAGCAAGCCCAAGCCACGGCGCGUUCGUGUCAAACAUGACCUCGGACACUACAACCUAGUCGCCGGCCUCAAGACCAACUGGGCCAAAUCCUAUAGCGGCGCCGGGCUCAGUCUUACCUGCAAGCAGAUCAACUGGGAAACCCGAGAGCUGUACUAUUCCACCCCAGUCUUCAUCGCUUCAUCCACCAACCGCUUGAUCACCUUCCUCAACGUCGUUCCUGCGGACAAGCUGGCCUCCAUCAAGAAGUUCCACAUCUCUCACGCGACCUACGGCACUCCGCAAUUCACCCAAGACAUGGAGUUUAAGCGCCGCCACGACAAGAAAUGGCUCCAAGCCAUGCAUCUCGCCGCCGAAAAGCUUACUGGUCUGGACUGGCUCAGUAUCCGGCUCGUCCCCAACGAAACACCGCUAAUCUUCGACCUAUCACAACCAUGGGUCCAGCCACUCCUCGCAUUCGCACCGGCAUGCGCGACGAACCUUACCACGACGGACGGAACCUCGGCCGCCGCGCGCAAGAAGCCUCUCGAAAUGCGCAUCAACCUCCAAUUCGCGAUGCUGGGAGACGGCAUCAACGUGAACCCCCUACUGCAAGAAGCAUGGCUGCACCUACGCCGCGCCUUCGUCGACGCGAUACGCGAGCAACUCGCAGGCAAGAGCCUCGAAGACGCAAUGGCGAGUUACAACGCGGCGAAGUUCGAGAAACUCAGGCACCAUCCGCUAUGCCGCGU